UGGCAGUUCGUGUUGUUAUUCUUUUGCUGCCGCUGUUGCCUUUCCACGAGCCACGAGAGCCACGAGAGCUCUCCUGUUUAUCGCCAAGGUGUUUACCUCUGACUAUUUUUUGUGUAAUUUUUUUGUUUGUGCGCUGUUCCCCGAGAAAAGCUAAAGUGUCAACAGAUACCGCGUGCCAGGAAGCGGGCUGAAGGAGGCACUUCCUUUGCCUGUAUUCUCCGGAUAUGUAACUGUUUGUCCAAGGUUUGAAACAACAAAAGCGAAACGAAAGUGAAGCAAAGAAGAACAACACGAAGACGGGGGAACACAGAAGAAGAGUCGAGCGCCCAGAAGACAAGCAAAAGAAGGUGAAGAAAGGACAAUGACAACCAGUGAAGGAGCAGAAAAGGAAGCCCAACGGAGCAACAGGAACUGAAGGAGAAAAUCGCUGAAAAGAAACUCAACACAGACGCCAAAGAACAACAAGUAGGGAAACCAGAAGGAACAUUUUGAAUCAGAACAUAAGAAAGGCAAGAAAAGAAAGAAGCUAAAAGAGAGAGAAAGAAGCAACAACGCAAAGCCUGCUGCAGCUAAAAGAAACGCAUACAAAGAACCCUCCCACUUAGCCCCCCAGCCAAAAACAAAACGAAAAUCUUCAGUCCAGAAAGCGCGUGAGAGAGAGAGAGAGUGAAAGAGAGCAACGCAACUCAGUGAGAAAGAGCAAAAGAGAGUGGGUCGGUUGCUGGUGCUGGCGCGGGGCGGUCAGCGUCGCUGUGGGACAGACGCCGCGACGGUAAAAUCGCGCAUACGCCGCGUGAACCGAUAGCCAGCCACAGGCGCAGCCAAAACCAUAAACCAAAAUUUUUCAGUCAACCAGUUGGGCCGAAACUGGCAUAGAUCCAGCUUCAGUUAAGCAAGGCUAAGAGAACACACAGAGAGAGAGAGUGGAAGGAGGGAGAGAGGAAGAGCCGAGGAUCAUACUGGAAAAAGUGUGAGACAGCGGCAGCGAGGGAGAAACAAAUUCAAACUGCAGCCGGCUACAGAUCCAGCUUCAAGACGUCUUGCAAACGGCUGAAAAUGGAAAAGACUCCCCGGUACACGCAGCGGGAGCGGAACAUGGUGCUCGGCUACGCGGCGCAGUACAAGGACGUGAUCGAGAACAAGCGCACGGACGCGGAGUCGAAUCGGAAGAAGGAUGAGGUCUGGCUGCAGAUCGCCAAGGAGUUCAACUCCCAGGUGUACCAUCAGCGCAGUGCAAAGCAGCUGCGACAGCUCUACAAGAACAUGAAGCUGCUGCUGAAGAAGGAUCUGUGCGGCGAGGACAAGACCAACGGCACCUUUCUGGAUCUGCUCAACACACUGUCGCAGCAGGACUCGGUGGCCCAGUAUAUUGCCGAGCAGAUGUCCCCGGAUGGGGGCAAUCAGAGCAACGGGGCCAAUGGCCACCAGCAGGACGACUAUGAGGACUCGAAGGUAGGUUUGCAUCUGGGGAGCGAUCUCCGCACCCAUCUCAGACAGGCCACUGAUCAACUGAUGCUCCAACAGAUGCCACUGUACGAGGGCAUGGACACGGACGUGGUCCUGAUCAAAUCUGAGACCAUCAGCGACAACGAGCAGACGGAGAACGGCAUGGAGUGCCUGGACGACGACGACGACGAUGACUGCCCCAGCCCCAAGGCGCCCGAGGUGUGCCUCGAGGAGGAGGACGACGUACUCUUCGCCACAGAUCUCCGCCAGCUGCAGCAGGUCUCAGCGGGCUUGGCAGUAAGCGGUGUGGCCAGCGGCGCUGCUGCGUGCUCCUCGUCCAUAUCCCUGCCCGGCGGCCUGGCCAGCCUCAAUGGCCCACUGAACGGCCUCUCGGAUGCAGUGCCGCGUGCCGCCAGCUCGCCCGUGUGCUCCACCAAGACCUCCAUCUCCUCCAGCGGCAGCUACGUGUCCUCAACCCCCAAGCCGGACAUCACCAUCCAGACGGUGGGACACAUACGCGUGGGCUCCUUUGCCAACAUUAACAAGACCCUUCAAAACGGUUCCGCAACGACCAAUGCCAGCAAUGGCAACGGCAAUGCAAACAGCAGCUCCAACAGCGUCGGAGUGCAGCAUCUCACCGCGGAGCAGGUGCAGCAGCAUAUGCUCCUCAAUGGCCUCGGCCUGUCCGCCGUUAAUCCGCCACAGCAGACGCUGCAGGCGGCCAUCAAUGCUGCCACCGCUUCUGUGUCCGCCUCGGGUGCCAUUGGCGGCGGCGCUGCCUUUGGCAGCAAUCGGCGCACACCACCCACGCUCCAGCUGCCGCGACUCCAGCGGGGGAACAACAACGCCAACAACAACAGCAACCACAAUCACAAUCACAACCACAGCAGCAGCCUUGGCAGCGGUACGCCGAAUGGGGUACAGCUGCUGCUCAAUGGCCAUCAUAAUCAGCAUGGGCGCGACAAGGCAACGCAGGGCGUGGCCAUUGGGGCCGCCGGCAGCUUCAACGGCUACAACGGCCUGGCCGUCACCGUGCCCUGCCUCAACAGCAGCAGCAGCAGCGCCAACAGCAGCGGCGGCGGCGGCAUGCUAAUGUCCAGCUCGAACGGUGGCAGUGGGAACGGCACGGGUCCGCGGGCGCAGCAUCAGGAGUACAUGAUGUCGCUGGCCAUCGAGGAGCGGAAACGAAAGAUCGAUCUGCUCGAUGCACAGAUUGACUACUGGCAGACGUUAACCAAGAAGCUGGGCGCCCAGCCGGGACAUUUCCCCAAUCCGGCGUGCCUCUGUCACUUUCCGGGCAGCGCCGCCUUGGGUCAUGUGACCGGUGUGAACUCCUCCGCCUCCUCCUCAUCAUCGGCUGGUGUCCUGCAGACGCAGACGAGUAGCAGCUAGUCCGAAGAGGACGAUGGCGAUGAUGGGGACGGAGGCGGAGGCGGAGACGGUAUCGGAAUCGUGAUUGGAAUAGGAAGCUCAUCGGACGAGGAGGAGGAUGAUGAUUUCGGUCUGGACAGCAGAGGCGACAGCAGCGACAUCAUCUCAAUUGUCGACAUCAAUGACGAUGAUGAGGAUGAGCAGAUGGAGGAGCAGGAUGAGGAGGAGGAGGAGGAGGAGCAAGUGGAGCUGCGUGUGCAGCUGCUGUUGCCAUCGAAGAUCGCCAUCACAGAUCUGACGGAACUGCCGGAUGAAUAUGAUUGCUACUCACAGGAUGCCUUGGCCAGGGAUGUGGGCGUGGUGGGUGGCCUAUCACCGUCAUGCCCCUCCCAGUCCCCAUCCCCAACGCCCGCCCCCCCGCCAGUCGCCAAGCGCUCGAAGCGCCUGAAAGCGAACACCAAGCUGCAGCAGCAAACCGGCAGGGCACACAUGGAGACGAAGCCCCCCUAGAAGGAGCAGCAGCUGCAGCUAAAGCUAAAGCUAGAGAGCUGGUCUAGUAUUUCAACUAGUUAGUAUUGUACGUAUUAACCCAGUCGCAACGCACCUGCAAACAGAAUGCAAAUGCGCUGCCUCCCCCCACCCGCACCAGCAGCUACACAUUAACUUAAUAUCUUAUAAUUAUUUUACUAUCGCUAUCAUUGCUAUAUACAUGAAUGAGUACUACUAUGAUUAUGAUUAUGAUUAUGAUUAUCACUAUUAUUAUUAUUAUUAUUUAUUUAUGCCUAAUUUGUGUGCCAAAAAGAGAGGAGAUCAGAAUUUAACUUAACCCAGUUGACCUUUGCCAUCGUGAAUGCUUGCCAAAAAACAAUAAUGUUUGUAUGUAAUGCCUAAGUCAAAACAAAAACCAAAACCAAAACCAAACCCUAAGAACCCUACCCCCACCAAACACUCGCAAAUCGCUAUUUAUUCUUACACAAAAACAACAAAAAAACACCUAAGGUUAAAUGAAUUUUUUUUUGUUCGUUUGUUUAUACCCUUAAGAGAAAAGUGGGUAAUUUAUUUAUGUUAAGUUUAUUUCGAGAGAGAGAGAGAGAGAGAGAGAGAAGCUGCAACCAAAAAGAGAAGGAGAGCGAGCGAAGAGGUGCGAACACUUGGUCUUUGUACAUUUUACCUUAAAACUAAAACUAAAAACUAAAAAAAACAAAACAAACCAAAAGCUAAAGCUGAAACAUACUUAAUUAGAAUGAGAAUAAGGAUAAAGAGGAUAUGUGGAAGAUGGAGAAGAGAGAGAGAGAGAGCAAAAACAAAAAUAUGAAAACUGUACAAAUGUGGUUCCUAAUCUAGUCCUUAAAUGAAAACGAAAAAGCGAAAGCAAAACACACACACACACAAACAUACAAGAAAACAAAACAAAACCGAAAACCACACAAAAUUGUUGUAUUAUGUGUAUUAUUUUUACAAAGAAAACAAAAAAAAAACCAUCAACCAAACGCUCCCCACUCCCUGCUCUCCCAGUCAUGCAGUUCCCGCAGCCAUCCAAAGAAUUAUAGCUAAUUUAAUGUAUUGUACUUAAAGAACCCUUAAAGAACCAUACCCCACCACCAAGUCCGUGUUUAGUUUGUACAGAAAGAGGGAGAGAGAGAGGGGGGGAACUUGCUAGUCGUCGCUGCUUAACUGUAUUUAAGUGUAGCCAUACAAAAUGAUUUAGUUAUUGCUAAUUGUACGUGUAAAAUACAAAUUAAACUGGAUGCCAUGCCCCUCCCCACACACACAC